CACACGCACGCACACACACACACGCACUCGGCGCUGGGCAGCGACUGCAGCGAACGGCUCCGCUGGCUGUGUGUUUGAAAGACACGGACCGACACAUCACGUUUCUUCUGACUCUCGUGCGUGUGUGUGUGUGUGUUGGUGAUGUAAUUGUUUAACUCCAGCAGGUCAUAACAGGGCGAACCGUCCGUUAAUCACCAUAUGAGAUCCGUCAGCGGGACAUCAGACACAGAGACGCUCGAGAAACCGUUUCCGCGAUGUGGCCGCGCGUUCUGCUGGCGUGUUUGCUGCUGGAGUUGUGCGGCGCGGCUCCGCACGCUCACAUCAACCGCCUCGCGCUCUUCCCCGACAAAAGCGCCUGGUGCGAAGCCAAAAACAUCACGCAGAUCGUCGGACACACGGGCUGCACGCCACGAUCCAUCCAAAACAGGGCCUGUCUGGGUCAGUGUUUCAGCUACAGUGUGCCCAACACCUUCCCACAAUCCACCGAGUCUCUGGUCCAUUGCGACUCCUGCAUGCCGGCGCAGACGCAGUGGGAGGUGGUGACUCUGGACUGCUCGGGCAGCGACGAAGCCCCGCGCGUGGAUAAGUUAGUGGAGCGCAUCCUCCACUGCAGCUGCCAGUCGUGCAGUAAAGAGAGCAGCCAGGAGGGGGCGCUGCUGCAGCUGUACCCGUCAGAGGGAGCGCUGGAGACGCCGUCGCUGUCGGACGCCACGCACACGCAGCACGCUCACAUGCACGCCGACGCGCAUUUAGACGUACACGCGCCCGAGGCCGGCUGAUGCGCGCACGCACGCGCGCACGUUACGCUUUCCAGCCUACUGAACUCCCCGUCUCCCUCUCUGUCUGUCUAAAGCACUUUUUCACAUAGAGAUCACGACACUAAUCAAGACUUUAUCACAAUCACUGAAGCUUCAGUCAGCUCUGUGAAUAAAUGCGCACACACACACACGCACACACACUAAACUAUAUAUUACUGACGCAUUCGCACACACGUCCAGAUCUAUAUAUCUGUAAUGUAGCCUGCAGGAACACGUACAGUCAGACUGUGUGUCACUCAUGUAAUAUUGUUUAAUCACAAUAAAAUGUGAAAUCAC